AUGUCUGCAGAACUGUCCACUAGACUCUCCCGUAUAAUGUCUGAGCGUGUAGACUCGGAUAUGCCACGUAAUUUGUCUGUUGGACGUAUGGGUGAGUUGUAUGUGUAUCAUCGACUCAUGGAGCUGGUCCGACGUCAUCGUGAGCGUCACUCAAAUUUUGAUCAGAUGGUCGACCUGGAAUUUCCCACAGGGCAUCCGAUCCUCGGCGUGGGGCGGAUCGUGCGUUGUCACUGGGCAAACGCAGACAUCGAAUCUCGUCGACCGUUCGACUUGGAUAUCGAUGUACAAGGUAAGUGGUCCCCGAAAUCAGUAAGAUGUAUGCACAUCAUGGACCUUUUUAUAAAGAUUAUUGUACCGUGCUUUGUUUGA